UCAGUUACUGUUUUCUCAACAGCGUGUGAAUAUUAUCAGGACACAGAGCUGACAAUGUUCUCAUUUUUGAUUGUUAUUGCUCUUUUUUUACCCUAAGGGGUAAUAAAAUCCUGUAGCUGCAGAAGCAGGCUCACAAAUCUCCUGUCAGGCAUUAACUGCAGUCCCACACUACACGCGGCUGUUAAUGACACAAUGGCGCCUACACAUAAACAGUUUAUCCCCUCCAGUCCAAGAAAAUGACACACAAACGCGCACUCCUUAUAUAUCCCCAUUUAGUUGCACUGCCUUUGGAAGCUACUGUGCAGAGAGCUGUUGUAGCAGGUGAUCGCCCUUAUUUGGUAGUGGCCCAGAUCAUGUGACCACAAAAUGGUGGAAGCUGCGAGGUGCUUGUGUGCUGAGCAUCUCCUCCGAGAGGCUGGGAGCAGGAAAUAGGCAGGGAACUUGGAGGUACAUCCAUGCUCUGAGACACAGGAGGACACACGUUCCUGAGCCCCAGCAGUGGUCCUACUGGGGAUGGACCUGGCGUCAGAGAGCAAAAUGAACGCUGACGCGGGUGAAAGCCGACCAGUCCCUCCUACCUCACUUCCCCUGCAGGGGGGCGCCACCCAGAGGAAAAAGCUAUCUGCCCCUCGUAUCAGCCUGUCACUGGACCAGAGCGAGGAUGACUUGGGGGAAACGCCAGAUGAUCUGGACAUCAACGUCGACGAUCUCGACACUCCAGAUGAGGGGGACUACCUCGACUACACGGACCAUGAAAUGGACUGGGAAGACCCGAAUGCAGCCAGUAGGACUGGGACAAGUGAGCCUUAUGAUUCAAUCCCAACGUACACCGCCGAGGAGGAGCGCCAGGACGGCAAGCUGUGGAGGACGGUCGUCAUUGGGGAGCAGGAGCACCGCAUCAACAUGAAAGUCAUCGAGCCCUACAUGAGGGUCAUCUCACAUGGAGGCUACUACAGCAGUGGAGUGAAUGCAAUCAUCGUAUUCGCUGCCUGUUUCCUGCCAGACAGUGACAGAGAGGACUACCAUGAAAUAAUGGAGAACCUCUUUCUCUACGUGAUCAGCACACUGGAGCUGAUGGUGGCGGAGGACUACAUGAUUGUGUACCUGAAUGGUGCCACACCCCACAGAAGAAUGCCGGGUCUUGGUUGGCUGAAGAAAUGCUAUCAGAUGAUUGAUAGAAGGCUCAGGAAGAAUCUGAAAUCCUUCAUUAUUCUCCAUCCAUCAUGGUUCAUCAGGACCGUUCUAGCAGUCACCAAGCCCUUCAUCAGUGCCAAGUUCAGCAGUAAGAUAAAGUAUGUGAACAGUUUGGACGAGCUUCAGGAACUCAUCCCCAUGGAAUCCAUCCAGAUCCCAGAGUGCAUCAUUAGACUCGACAAGGAACUGAAGGACGCAGCAGAGAACUCGGUAGUGAAUAGUUUCCUGCAGGGGUCGGAGCCAGCAGCAGCAGGCAGAGCAGACAGAGCAGACGCAGCCGGUGCCAGCAGCUCUUAAACCCAGACACCCUAAAUGGAUGGGUCACCUCAAUGUUCAGAAGUCACUGUCGUAUGGCUGAACCUGGAAGUGCAGAGACAAAGGGUUUUUAAGAUAGUGUGUGUGUGUGUGUGUGUGUGUGUGUGUGUGUGUGUGUGUGUGUGUGUGUGUGUGUGUGUGUCUGUGUGCGUGCGUGUCAGUGUUUGUCGGUAACACGUUGGAGUUGAAUAUGAAAUCACAACUUACAAUAGUUAACGCACAGUUCUCAUUCUUCGAGGCUGCUGUAGCAUCUACUGUUCGUUACACCUGCUACCCAGAGAGAUGUAUAGUCAAGUGUGACGCUUGGCAGCACCCAGAGAGUAGCAUCAAUGUUCACAGUAGGGUAGGAGUUGCAAUUUACACAUGACAAUGCACUGCGCAAAAACCCAUUUGUAGAGCCUAUAGUGUUAUAGUCGUGUGCAUGAGAAGCAGUGGAGCAAUAAUAUCACCCUUUACUGGUUAAACAGUCUCAGUACUUCAGACAAAGAGUCAACUUGUGCGUCAGCAAUCUACAAUAAAAGCAUAAGGUGAGGCCAUAAAACCUUGUGCCAUAAAAGACCAACUUCUUGCAUUUCUACAAUCCAAUCCUCUGUCUCAACACGUGCUCUAAAACUGAAACACAAACUGACAAAUAGAUAUUUAAGCUUCUUGAGUCAAGCUGACACAAAGGAGGAAGAAAUUAGAUAUACAAUCAAGUUAUUGGUGCAGUGUGAGAGCAUGUCCUUUUAGCCAUGUUCUGUAAGUGUGUGUGUUUUCAGUUGGUUCCUGUCAGAUGCAUAAACUGGAAAAAAUCUCUUGAUCUUCUCCUGGAUCAUCAGAUGGAAAUAAAGUUGGGGUCUCUGUUAA